AUGAAUUCUGUGGUGGUGGGGGGUGGAGCGGCGGCCGGAAGCAGGGACAUCGCCAGUGGAAUGGCGUACUUGGAAAGAGAGCGCUACAUCCACCGCGACUUGGCGGCGCGCAACAUUCUUGUCGGCGAAAAUCAUUCGGUGAAGAUCGCUGACUUCGGUUUGGCGCGGAUGGUCGAGGACCGCUAUGAGACGUACGUUGCGCAAAACGGCACCAAGUUGCCCAUCAAGUGGACUGCUCCGGAGGCCGCGCUCUCCGGCCGGUUCACCGUCAAGUCAGACGUCUGGUCCUUUGGCAUCGUCGUCUACGAAAUCAUCACCCAUGGACAGGUGCCGUAUCCGUCGAUGAAUAACACGGAGACGUUGAACCAAGUGAGCUCCGGCUACCGAAUGCCGAAGCCGAACGCCUGUCCCGAUGGAAUUUACGAGGUCAUGCUGCAGACGUGGGACGCCCUUCCAGAGCAUCGUCCAACCUUCGAGUACCUCUGCAGCUACUUCGAGGAGUACUUCGUCGCCUCGGAGACGAGUUAUCGACACGGGGUUAACGUCGUGUGCCCGGAGGCGCAGCAUCAGUCGUCGAGGCGUCGACUACGACGGGACACGAUGGAGGAGGAGGACCUUGAUGUGGAGAUAAUCAAUUUGGCAAGAAACGGAACAGCCGGAGGUGUUGGGUACUCCCCCGACCACCACCACCACAACCUCCACCAUCACAACCACCACCCCCACCAUCACCACAGCCACCCCCACAACGACCCCACGCCCAUGGCUGUUGUCUGA